AAAGGAAUGGUUCCCUUUGGAAGAAAACCCAAAAGCAUUUUGCCAUCCAAACAUGGACGGGUAAUGUCUCACUCCAUAUAUAAAUCCAUGCAAAUUCAAGUUCCUCAUUCAAAGACAUUUCUUGCCUUCUCUUAUUACGCGGAUAUAUACCACAUUACAAGAAGUAAAAUUAAGUUGGAGAGAGAAUUCAAUGUCCAAAGCUAAGACGGACCGCUCUCACGAGGAUUUUCAGCCGUUGUUUGAUUGGAAACGGGAGGAUGGAUUUGAUACACUCGCCAUCAAUCUUCCUGGAUUUAAAAAAGAGCAACUAAGAAUCCAAGCUCUUAGCUGUGGGAAGAUGAAGAUCAGUGGGGAACGACAGAUCGAUGGCAACAAAUGGAGCCGUUUCCAGAAGGAUUUCCAUGUGCCUGAGAAUUGUAACCAGUGUGAAAUAAGUGCGAAAUUCGAGAAUGGAACUCUCAACAUGACCAUGCCGAGAACGGCCACACAAGUUUGCUGGUCCACAUUGGAAUGUUGUAAGCCCGGUGGAGGUGGUUUUUUCUUUGGAUUGAACAUGUCGAGGAAAGUGGUUUUGGGCAUGGUGGUGGUUAGUUUGGUUGGGGUGGCACUUGGGAUUUAUGUAGCAUGCAAUGUUAGAUGUGUAGGGAGAUUUGGGAAUUGAAAAUGGCAUUAUGUUUGAUUAAGUUGUUUCA